UACAGCACUGAAGCAGGUAGAGAGAGCCACGGAGGGAAGAGAGGCAAGCAGGAGAGAAAUCCAGCUUGCGGCUCUUCCCUCUCUCUCAGCACCAAGGACAGAGCUCUGAGCUGCUAACCCAAACAACGUUCAGUGGGGUCCCUCCCAGAUCCUCUAGAGAACACUGGUGCCUUGGGAAGGCACCUAUGAAACCUGCCGUGAGGUCUGAUAGGAACGCUGCAAGAGUUGUUCACAAGUAAUUUCCACCUCAGAGGCAAAACCAGGUGGUUGUCUUUCUGUAUGGAAACGACUCCGUAGUUUCUGUGUCCCGGGAAAGGCAAAGUUUGCUUUGCUUCAGCAUUGUCUGCUGUCAGUAAAUGGCUUCAGGAACUGAGGUGCUAAACUCCACAGUCUCCAGACACCAGAAGAAAUUUUCAGGGGACAUUCUGGAGUCACAUUCCUCCAUCUGGGCUAUGGCACCUCUGAGCCAGAUAAGCACCCACAUCAACUCCACCUGUGGGGCAGAGAACUCCACAGGGGUCAGCCGGGCCCGCCCGCAUGCCUACUAUGCCCUGUCCUACUGUGCGCUCAUCCUAGCCAUCAUCUUCGGCAAUGCCCUGGUGUGCGCGGCUGUGCUGAGGGAGCGCGCCCUACAGACCACCACCAACUACCUGGUGGUGAGCCUGGCUGUCGCAGACCUGCUGGUGGCUACACUGGUGAUGCCGUGGGUGGUGUACCUGGAGGUGACAGGUGGAGUCUGGAACUUCAGCCGCAUUUGCUGUGAUGUUUUUGUCACCCUGGAUGUCAUGAUGUGUACAGCCAGCAUCCUGAACCUCUGUGCCAUCAGCAUAGACAGGUGCUAUUACUACCUUCACAUCCGCAUACCAGAUAAUCUGUUAGAGAGUCCUACAGCUCGAAUGUGGCCAUCUCUCUGCCUGGCCCUUCAAACCCUCUGGAGAACGCACCAGAAGGAGAGCUCUGAGCGUCUCUUUGAUCUAUACAAGGAUUCAACAUGGCCACCCCCACUCUCAAGGGACCCCAGUAUCUGCUCCAUCUCCAACCCUGAUUUUGUCAUCUACUCUUCAGUGGUGUCCUUCUACGUUCCCUUUGGAGUGACCGUCCUGGUCUAUGCCAGGAUCUACAUGGUGCUGAGACAGAGGAGACGGAAACGGAUCCUCACUCGACAGAAUAGUCAGUGUAUCAGCAUCAGGCCUGGAUUCCCGCAGCAGUCUUCCUGUCUGCGGCUCCAUCCCAUUCGGCAGUUUUCAAUAAGGGCCAGGUUUCUGUCAGAUGCCACGGGACAAAUGGAACACAUAGAAGACAAACAAUAUCCCCAGAAAUGUCAGGACCCUCUCUUGUCACAACUGCAGCCCCUCUCUCCCGGCCAGACACACGGCGAGCUGAAGCGCUACUACAGCAUCUGCCAAGACACUGCCUUGAGGCACCCGGGCUUUCAAGAAGGAGAAGGAGGGAUGAGCCAGGUGGAGAGGACUCGGAACUCCUUGAGCCCCACCAUGGCACCCAAGCUCAGCUUAGAGGUUCGAAAACUCAGCAAUGGCAGGUUAUCCACAUCCCUGAAGCUGGGGCCCCUGCAGCCUAGGGGAGUGCCACUUCGAGAGAAGAAGGCCACCCAGAUGGUGGCCAUUGUGCUCGGAGCCUUCAUUGUCUGCUGGCUGCCCUUCUUCCUGACUCAUGUUCUCAUUACUCACUGUCAGGCAUGCCAUGUGUCCCCGGCGCUUUACAGAGCCACAACAUGGCUAGGCUAUGUGAACAGUGCCCUUAACCCUGUCAUCUAUACCACCUUCAAUGUGGAGUUCCGCAAAGCCUUCCUCAAGAUCCUGUCCUGCUGAGGGAGGAGAGGCCGCACUUCCUUUACCCACUUCAAGAUGUCAGGCAGUUGGAUCCCUGCCCACCAAGGUCUGCCUGAAAUGACUGCACUGUGUUCUGGCGUGUGUGGUAUGAAGAUUUGGAAAGCAGGACAGCCCUGGUUAGGAAUGACCAACUGUUUUAUUCUGCAAUAGAAUGGUCUACCUCCCCAGCUUACAUCUGACUUCAUUCUGCCAGGCUUCAGAUUGCUAAGUGCUGGGUAAUAACUCAGAGAGAUGUUGGUAAGAAGUGUAUGGGACACACACAGAGAAUUGUCACUGGAGACAUGAUGCAUUGGAGUGAAAAAAAAAUGAACAGGUCUCGGCAGUCUCACCCUACCAAGGGUCCUUGAAAUCACAGCCAGGAAGCCAGCUAUCUCGUAGACAGUCGGUUUUUCUUCUUUCAGACCCGUAAUUCACUGUCAGCACAGUUAACCUUGCGCAUCCAUGGGACCCAUUCGCUGUUUGCCUUCACUCUAUCCUGAAACACGAAAGGCAAGGCCAAUGUUUAAACCUUUCUGUAGGAUGGAAUUGGCUGCAUUUGGUGAGGGUCUGCUCACCCAGAGCAGACACUGUCCCACAUUGGGAUUUGGGUUUGUUUCCACCCUUACUGCCCUUACAUUACAUAUUAGCUCUGGCUUGGGGAGGGGGUCCUAUGCUUUAUUCCCUGACUAUCUCAAGACAAUUGUAGUGUCUUGAUUUCUGGAAUCAUUCAAGACAAGACGGUUAAAGAAGGUAAGUCAGUUUCCUGUGCAGUGUCAUGGCUGAGCUUUGUGGUCUAGAAAGUGCCUUCUGUAUGCUAUCCAUCACUAGGUUUUCCUAGCCAGAAACUUCCAUCUGCUGGACAGAGGCCCAAAGCCUUCAGGUGAUAGCCACCAAGUGUGCAGAAAGCGCUAGCCGCCUCCCAGGUUCUGAAUAGAUGACUAUGACCGAGGCCGUCUCUUCUCAAAGACUUUACUCUCCCCUGGCCUGACGUUUGCCCAUGUGUGGUAGUGACUUGCCUAGACUUGCGAAGGCCCUCGGAACUGAGGGUGCUAGGGGACAGCCACCCCAAGUCAUCACAUGAUGAUCUAUAAAACCCAAGUCAGAUCUUAGCCACGACUCUAACAACUGUGUUCAGAGCAUAACAGAAACCGGGUGUGGCCACUCAAGGAACGAAACCACCAGAAAUAAUAGGUAAAUGGCAUUCAAAAUUGCAUUUAGAUGGAGCUAUAAUAUAUACAUCAUUUACCUUCGCACCUACAGAGCUUUUUAUUGAUUUCAGAAUCAAGGUCAAAUUAAUAGAUAAUUUAUGAAAUGCUGUCAGCCUGAACUUCAAUAAAUUUACCUUUCAGAGCAUUAGUAUAUAGCAUGAUAGAUGGCGGCUGGCUGGCGUGCUGUUAAAACUUUAAAGAGCCCAAGAACUUCACAGAGGAUUCAAGGCCUCACCCACCCCAGCCUUAUUUGUCUGACCCUAAUGAGUUAGUUGCCUGAUAGUCAUGGAUGCUUUGGUGCCAGCACUUCAAAGUCUUAUUAGCUAUAAUAUUUGCUAUUGUGACACAGUAUGAGAACCCAAAUCCUCUCUGUUCACUGCCUCUUAUAUAGAGUGCCGUAAAGUAUGAUUGGUUUUUGUUACAGGCAUAGCCGAUUCCUGGACACUUAAAUCUGCAAAAAAUAAAGGUUGAUGAUUUCUAAAUUUCCCCAUUCAAAAUAAAUAAAAACAGAUGAGCCUGUGGGGUAAAAUAUUAUAGAGUUCUAUGUAAAAAAUAAUCAGAAUCUAGAGGCCGAAAUAUAAGCAUUGGUAUCGAUACCCUUGUGAGGAAGAAUGACAGCAGUUAAUUUUUUUAUUCCAUUUCAUUUUAUUUUAUGCAUAUAAGAGU